AUGGAGAGAGCCGAUCGCAGGAAGCUGCAGGACAACCGGAAUCACCGCCCCGCCCCCCCGCCCCCUAACUGCCCAACUCCAAACACGCUGCGAGUGAGGUGGGCCCUGCUCUCUGCUUCCGAGGAGGCGCUGAGCCCAUCGAGGCUGCCCGCUGCCCCCGGCAGUCACCAGCUUCCAGUUGCAGCCCCAGGCAGCCUCCGCGAGACAAGCAGGGUCCCAGUCCCACGGCCCGCGCUGGGCCGGCCAGUCCCGGGCACUCCGUUAGCUCAUGUACUGCGGUGCCAGCCCACGGAGAGGCUGGAGUCCCCACUUUACAGAAGACACCCGGUCUGA